AUGGCUGAAGCGAGUCUCUUCAUCAAACACGAAUCCGACGACUACACCCCUUUCAUCAUGUCACACUCGGGUUACUCGAUGGGUAACCAAUUCCCCACCGAUGGGGUCGAUCCAUCCGACUUGACCAUGCAGCAGCAGAAUGGUUUCAUGCCAUACUCUUAUGGUUCGCAACAGAACAUGUCAUCAAGCUUCAACUUCGGAAACUCCGGUAUCGACACAGACGAGUUGCUGGAUCUCGAGAUCAGCGGCCAGAACGGUCAUCAGCGCGAUAAUGUGAACUAUCUUCAGGACCAGUCUGCUGGUGGUAUCGCGAUGAGUCACCAGAGCCAGAUGUCGCAUAUGUACUCCAACACCCCGGAUAAUGCCCCCAUGGCCAGCCCAUUCGUUCAGAACAGCUUCAACUAUGAGCAGUACCGCAUGAACCAGCAAAAUCCCCACAUGCACAAUGCCAGCUCUUUCGACCAGAAUUACCUCGGCACCAAGCGCCAGAGCUUGCAAGGCAUGGACCGUCCUUCAUCUGAUGGCCGCAGCCCCAUGACUCCAAAGACACCGGCACUGGGUUCCUUGACAUUGGGUACCCCUGAGUCCGGCAGCUUCCCGUCCCAGCCUAUCCGGACCGGACUUCAGGCUCGUCACCAGAAGACCCUGUCCAACCAGUGGGAUGGGACCCCUGGCAGCGGACAGUCGUACGUCGAGUCCUCUCCCAUCUCAUCUCCUCCCCACCAAUCGCACCACACUGGAAUCUCCGAGAUCCUCAAGUCUGGGAAGCAUGCCUCACUGCCCGCUAAGGUUGACACCCACCUCCCUGGCGGUGGAGAUCUCGAGUCCCAGGAAGCCAAGCGCCGACGUCGCCGUGCUUCGCACAAUCUGGUCGAACGCCGCCGACGCGACAACAUCAAUGAACGUAUUCAGGAUCUCUCCCACCUGGUUCCUCAGCACCGACUAGAAGACGACAAGGUCCGAAAGCAACUUGUGAACAGCAGCGCUCUUUCCAUGGCCGGCGCAGGCGGAAGUGCCGCCACAUCACUUCUUGCUGGAGGCAACGGCCGCCGUGCGACAGCGGGUAACAUCACAAUGGGUCUCCCCAUCGAAGAAAAGGAGAAGGGUCCUAACAAGGGCGACAUCCUCAACGGUGCCGUCAGCUGGACCCGCGAUCUGAUGUGGGCCCUGCACGUCAAAUACCAGCAGGAAGCGGAACUCGCCGAGCUGAUCGGCAGCCUGGGUGGAACCUGGCCUUUCGAGCAAACCGAAGAGGAGAAGCGCAUGCGCAGCGAGAUCCUCGAUGCGCUGGAGAGGAAUGAUCCAACUUCCUUCAGCUACACCCGCGGACCAGGUAGCGGUCUGCGCGUCCCCAAACACACUAACAUCGCCGGCGAUGCCGUGCAGGGCGGCGACAUGUCCGGCCUGACUCCUCCCAGCCUGAGUCCUUCAUUCCACAGCGGCACCAGCAGUGCCAACGGCGCUGGCCAGCCUCAGUACUGGAACAGUGCUGGCCAUGCUGCUAUGAGCUUCAAGGAGGAGGACGAGUACGGCAUGGAGAUGGGCUAG